AUGGUCGAUAUGAUGGUGAAGCAGAGGGCUGGCCAUCGUGGCAACUCGACUAGAUCAAUCCUCAUCGGACUAGCGAUCAGUCUUACUGGGUUCGUUUACGGAAUCGACACAGGCAUCAUUGCCUCUACCAUCGCGCAGACCACCUUCAAAUUAUACAUGUACGGUCCUUCAAUGGACAAUAUUUCCGUACGAGCAGGCAUUGUAUCUGGGUACUACGCAGGAUAUGCGUUUGAAAGCGGCGGUUCUGCCUACUGCAUGGAUAAAUUGUCCCGCCGCUGGACACUACUCUUCGGAGCUUGUGUCGGUGUUGCAGGGGCCGUGCUGCAGACCGCCGCCGUGAAUCCGGCCAUGAUGAUCAUAGGACGUGCCUUCCUUCUCGGGGUUCUCGACGGGCAUGGUCUAUCCGACGGCCCCCGUAUAUCUUGCCGAGCUCAGCCCCCCGGAGAAUCGCGGAUUUCUUGUUGGCCUGAAAGGAUGAUGAAAACUCUAGGGUUCUUCGUUGCUGGCUGGGUGGGCUAUGCGGGCUCGUUUGCAGUUGGUGAACUGCAGUGGCGCAUCCCUCUGGCCACGCAAAUCCCGCCUUCACUUUGUCUCGCGAUCAUGACAUUCUUCUUGCCUUACUCUCCGCGAUGUUUGGCCAUGAAAGAGCGAUACGACGACGCCAAGAAGGUCAUGUAUUCUCUUCACGCCCAUCGUGGUGCAGAAACAAUCGAGCAAGAAUUCGCCGAGAUGGUCAGCCAGAUCCAACUCGAAGCCAACAAGAAGAAAGUGUCCAACUUCUGGAAUCUUUUUACUCGACAGUACAUCCGCAGAACUCUGCUAGCUUGCUUGACGGUCAACAUGAUGAAACUGUCGGGGUCCAACAUCAUUCAGAACUACCAAUCCGUCAUGUACAACUCCCUUGAAUACGAGGGACAGACUGUGCUUCUAAAGGCGGCUGUCACGGCCAUUUGGUUGUCUUACGCGGCAUCACUCGCGUUCGAUGCCAUUGAGUGGAAGUUUUACUUUGUAUUCAUCGCCUGCAACGCUUUUGCGGGAACCAUCUACUUUUUCUUCCUCCCCGAGACGCGCUUCUGGUCUCUUGAAGAGGUGGCCGCCAAAGUUGGAGAUGAGAUCGUCAGCCCACUCAGGAAAGAUCCGGAAUUGGAUCAGCUGGAGCAGGAUGCGGCUGAUAAUAAGAGGCCGCUUCAAACCUCUUCGAAUCAUAUUGAGGAUUCGAGGAGAUGA